CCGGCAGUCUAACCGUAUUAAAGUCUUACAUACGUACCAGUUUGUGCAACAGUUCGCUCAGUUCACGAGAGACAGUGAAGUGAAGUCAUCUUGGGACUUAACUAGACAUGUCUUCUUUAACACUUGAGGCGUCUGCUUUCUAUGGCUUGAGGACAGAUGUAAAAGGCAAUGCUUUGUAUGUUACAAGUGAAAAAGUCUUAUAUCCAGCAGGCGGUGUCAUAGUUCUCCAUGAUUACAAGGAAAAAACUCAGCAGUAUAUAACACUUGAAGAGACAAAUAAAACUGUCACUAUCAUCUGCCUUAGCCCAAAUAGGAAAUUUGUAGCUGUUGUAAAGAAAGGAAGCAAACCAAGUAUGUCCAUUUAUGAUAUGGCUUCACUCUCAUGUGUGAAAAACUUAGGAAUUCCAUUUGAAAGUGCUGCUCAUGAAUUUGUUUCUGUUAGCUUCACAUUUGACAGCAAAAAUUUAGUUGCCAUUUUAGGAUCACCUGACUGGACAAUGCUGUAUUAUAACUGGCAAAAUGGAAAAGUUGAGAGUUCAACAAAAGCUGUACCACCAAACAGCAGUGGAUCAGUUUCACAAGUGGUGUGCAACCCAAGUGAUGGAUCUGUUGUAUGUAUUGUUGGUAAUGGCCUGUUCCGUCUCUUGAAUGUAACAGAGACAGUGUGGCGACAAUUUGGUUAUCAGAAAGCUGACACAAUACCUAUAAUAUGUGUUUGUUGGCUGACAUUUGACUGUGUAAUCUGCGGAACAAAGGAUGGACGGCUGCUAUUGAUAGAAUCAGGAGAGCUGAAAGCUAUGUAUAAAGCUUCUGAAAUAAGCCACAUUGACAUAAAACUGAAAGAUGAAAGUGCAACUUCCUCCUCCUCAAAUAUAACUGCAGUUGAUAAGGAUUCAUCAUGCCUAAGCAUUGAGGUGCAUGAUAUAGAAGUGUUCCCAAGAGGUUUUGCCUUCUCAUGUGGAAUGGGAGCAGUCCAUCUUUUUGAGAAGAAAUCUAGUUACAUAUAUGAGAAAAUAAAUAUAAUUGUGAUUCCAAAACCUGACUUUUCUGACAGACUCCUUGAUCUCAACUAUAUUCAGAACUUAAAUGUUGACAUCAAAGGCAAUCAACUUCUUGCUACAACAAAUUGCUCACAAAUAUAUACUGCACAAUUGUGGGAAUCAGACAGUGUCCAGGGGACAACAAAAACAUUUAGUCUGUUGGGUGAACAGUUGCACCAUGGCCCUAUCACAAGUCUGACUUCAUGUCCAUGGAAACCCAUAUUCAUGACCUGUGGUGAAACUGACAGAACUGUUAGAAUAUGGAACUACCAAACUGCAAAACAGGAACUAAUAAAACAGUACAAAGAAGAAAUAUAUUGUGUAGCACUACAUCCAACAGGUCUUUAUACGGCUAUUGGAUAUUUUCAUAAGUUGACGUUAAUGGUAAUUUUGAUUGAUGAUCUCCGUCCAAUGAAAGACUUUCCAAUACAGAAAUGCAGAGAAUGUGUUUUUAGUACAAAUGGACAUUUACUUGCUGCUGUAAAUGAAAAUGUAAUUCACAUCUAUUCCUGUAUUUCAUUUGAAAAUAUUAUGAACCUGAAAGGCCACAAUGGGAAGAUACUUGGUCUUUCGUGGACAAAUACAGACGAUAAAUUAAUAUCUUGUGGAGUUGAUGGAGCUGUUUAUGAAUGGGACAUUCUAAAAGGAAACAGAAUGAAUGAAAUUAUAAUAAAGUCUUGUAUGUUUACUGGGGUGUGUGUUACUUCUAGUGGUGACUUUUCAUUUGGUGUGGGCACUGAUGGACAGCUUAGACAAAUGAAGAAUUCUGCCGUGAUCACAUCUUUGCAAGUUACUGUUGAGAAACUUAACUGUGUGGUGCUUACACACAAUAAUUUGAUCUUAUUUAUUGCAUCAACAUCUGGUGCUAUAAUGUCCGUAAGCUUUCCUUUCCAUGAGACUACUGAGAUUAUUCAACACAAAAUGCACAGUUAUGCUGUUACAAGAAUGUGUGUAACACAUGAUGACAACAUCCUUGUUACAUCCUCUGAAGAUGGAACUUUGUGUUUAUGGAAAAUUAUUUCUUCUGAAGUCAAGCCAAGGGACCUGUCAUAUUCAGAAGAUAUAUUGAUCAAUAAGGGUUAUCUUCUGGAACUUCUCAAUUCUAUUAGAGCUUUAGAAGUAAGAAUGCAUGAACUAGAAGUAGAACAUGAUUAUCAGGUUAGACAAAAUGAAAUACGACACGCAGAAAAGCUGAGAGAUAUACAUGAUGAGUCUCAGAUGACUGUCAUCAAACUUAAUCAUAAAAUUGAGCAACUCGAAACCGAUCACACACUUGAGAUUGGUAAUAUGAAAGAUGAAAACAUUACAAUGAAACUUAACCAUGAAAGAGCUGUGCAAAAUCUUGAAUCUGACUAUGAGAAAAAGUUAAUUGUGGAAUACAGCAAGCAUAAUUUACUACAAGAAGAGAUACAAAGUAUGAAACUGGAAUAUGAAAGAAAACUGGCAGAUUUGUCUCAAGAGAAAGUAACUGCUCUGGAGGAACUAAAACAGAUAUAUGAAUGUCAGCUGAAAGAAAAGGAACUCCAAUUAGAGAAACUAUGUAAGGAUAUAGAAACUCAGCUAAAAGAUCAUGAAGCCAUUAAGUCACAAAUUGAAGAUGAUGCAGACAGAGAAAUAACAGACUUGAGGGCACAGUAUGAAAAAACCCUGAAAGAGGAAAGAGAUUUCAACGCUCAGUUGAGGACAGAAACUGGUGUAAUGAGAAAUAAAUUCAAAAGUUCACAAAAGGAUAUUGAAGAUUACAAGAAUCAGAUAAGCAUCAUGCAGACUGAACAUCGAGCAUUGUUGCAUAAUAUAUCUGGUUUGGAGAGUGAUAUAACUGACCUGAAAAAUGAAAUUUCAGAAAGGGAUAAGUCAGUUGAGGAGAAGGAGAAGAGAAUUUCGGAGCUAAUGAGGAAGGCUCAAGACCUAGAGAAGUUUAAAUAUGUCUUGAGCUUUAAAAUUGAAGAACUCAAAAGCCAGAUUGAACCAAAAGAUGCUGAAAUAAAAAGAAAGGAAGCACAAAUACAAAAUAUGGAAAAAGAGUUCAUGGAUUUGCAAAAAAUGAGAACUCACUUAAGACUCUGCAUAAAUGAUCUCAAUGAAAAGUUAAAAGGAAAGGAAGCUGCAUUACAUACAGUGCAGCAGGCAAAUCUGAAAAACAAAGCUACACUUUUACAGCUUCAAAAUGACCUGCAGCAAACAUCAGAGUUCAUCCAAGAUGCAGUGCAGCUAAAAUCAUUUGUAAAGAAACUGUACCAUAAAUACGGAGAAUCUAAAACAAAAGGAACUGAAGAUACCAAGAAAAUGGACAUGCAUGCUGAGUUAAUGCGUCAGAGACAGCAUCUUGAAGAAACAGUUCAGUCUCUUAGGAAUCAAGUAUACAAGAAUUCUUUGCAGAAGCAAAAGAAUGCUUCAAGGAUUAUGCAGGAAAACAAAGAAUUACUUACAGAACUCAACAUGCUCCGUAAGAAGCUUAAAGAAACACAAGAGCAUUGUGCAGAAAUGGAGGCAAUCAUUGGUGUUAAUAAACGAUGUAUGUCCCCAGAGAAAGCUCGUGCAUGUCUAGAAAAGGCCAUCAGAAACAAUGAGGCUAUUGAAUAUGAGUAUCAGCAAAAACUGAAUGAGGACGUACGUCAAAACUGCAACCUCUUGAUGUCUCACUCAAUAAAUAAACCAUUUAAAGUGUAUAUGAGAGAGCAAAGGAACAAAUGGAUGAUGGAUGAAACCCGACAUGAAUUCACAUCAAAGGGAGCAUGAAAAUGACCUACAAUCACACAAGUGUGUAAGUGGAUAAAACAGUCAUGGCCUAGAGUGAGAGAAGACAUUCUUGUUAAGUCUUUCAAGAAUUGUGGUGUAAGUAAUGCUCUCGAUGGCAGUGAAGACCAUCUUUUAUAUGAAUAGGACAACAAUGACAGUGAAGAGGAUGAAGAAGAAGGAAGUUCAGAUGGUAAUCUUCAAGGAUUUUAAAGGAAAAUGAGACAACUAUAAGAUUGCUGAAUGAAGAGAUCCAACGACUUAUCAGAGUGAUAAAUAAAAAAAAUGAGAAUGCACAAGAGAAACUAUUAAUGCCAACAAGG